UUUUCCAGUUAAACCCUGGCGACGUCUUAGUUGAUCUUGGGCCGAGUGUCGUGGACCAGCUUCGAUUUUCUUAUUAGCAUCGCCAGUUCACGGCUGAUGCUUGUGCAAUCGAACAUGUCGUUUCUUCUCCAUGUCGAUCGAUCAUCGCUAUCAAACAUUUUUCCGAAAAAUCAGUGGAUCAAUGAAAAUGCGGAUAAUGUUCAAUUUCUUUGUUUUGACGAUGUUUACGGUCUGGAGCACGCAGCUGUCAUCUGCGUCUAAGAACGAAGGAACCUGCGACUUGCGUCAGCUGUCUCCAAACACAACCGGCGCAACGUGUGAUUUCAAGGAACACGAUCAUCGUCUCGUUUGCUUUCACGGUCUCGAUGAUAAAUGGAGAUCAGGGGGCGAGGAUGUGCGUACUUUGGUCCUUUGCUACUGGUCCUUGGACACGUUCGAUCCACAGCAUACUCUACAGAUGUUCCCCUCCUUACGUAAAUUAGUGAUUGCAAAUGGCAACCUAACUAGAUUGGCAUCGCCGUUUCCAUCCGAGGUUCGAUCGAUCGAGGAUGUAAGGAUAACCGGAACAAGGCUGCAGAAAUUCCCCAAGCAGACCUUCGCCGAUUUGCCAAGCUUGAAGAUCCUCGACCUGAGGAACAACUCCUUCGAGGAUGUCGACGUCGAGGCGUUCAACGUUCCCUCGCUACGUCACGUUUAUCUUUCCGGUAAUCCCCUGGGAUGCACGGAGAACGCGACAUGGAUAUUGAACCAAGAGAAGGGUUCUCUGAGCCGGAAAAUCGCUGACAAGGACAGCUUGCGUUGCACCGCGCCGUACGAAGGCAGACCUCUGAUCCAAGUCGUGGAGAUAAUCAAAACGCUGAAAGAAGAGUGCACCAGAACGAUAUGCGACUGCGAGCUGGUGUACGUCGUGAGCCAGGGUGGAAAGCAUAUUCAGAGGCAAACGAUGGCGUUUGCUUCGGUGAACUGCAGCCACCGUGAUCUGACGGAGAUGCCGAGUUUCUUGCCUGAGAAUACCACCACCCUUCAUCUGACUGGGAACAAGAUAAACGAUCUGACGCCGCUCACGACGAAUCCUGCGUACAGAGGAGUGAUAGACCUGUACAUAGACGACAAUCUGGUCGAGAGCAUCGUCCAGUUGGAGGGAUCCACUUGGGUGGAUCGUUUUCGGUUGCUCAGCCUUCGUGGGAAUAAGCUGACCGACCUGCCCACCUAUGCUUUGGAGAACGUGUUGCAGCACAAUAGAAACGCUGUCAGCUUAUAUCUUGGGAACAAUCCGUGGCGAUGCGACUGCCUCUUCACGCCUGGUUUUCAGGAUCUACUGAUCAGGUACCCCAAUCUCGUGAAGGACAUCAACGACGUCAGGUGCUCGCCGACGAAUUCCGAUGGAAACUCUGGAAAAAUCAUACGUGAUCUGACGCGCGUGGAGAUCUGCACCUCACCGAACGAAAAUCCAUUGCUGCAUCCCUUGGACGCUUUGAACAUCGUACUAGCGUCGUUGAUAUUCCUCAUCAUUGGCAAACUCCUGUACGACUAUUGGUCCUUCAAGAAAACCGGCAAGCUACCUUGGAUAGUAGCCAAGAUACCUUAAAUGAGAGUUGACCCGCGUUGAGAGAGAUCAAAUCUUGUCAGGUGGUUUCUUGCCAAGUUAAUUGAAGCUUCAAGGACAUCUUCCCUUAUGAAUAUUACUUUUUAAACAGGAGUGUUCUCGGAGGAUCAGUUGACUCGGUAAGAACUGUAGCUGCGUCUUCCAGCACGAACGUAGCUUUUUAUUUGCACAUAGAGUCAGGAGAUAUUCGGUGAUAC